UGUAAACGUUACAAUACAAUGCUUACUACAAGCCCUUUACAAACAAUGCAUAAUUUUACCAACAACGCAGAACUCAAACUUGUAAUUAUCCUUCCUUAUUAUUAUUAAGGAACAUAUUUAACUUUAGUUUUGACUACUAACGAGUAAUACCUAUUUUAUUACGUCUAUAAUAAAUGACUUAUUUGAUUGGUCCCUUGACAUUUGUAGCAAGCCAAUCAGAAUUUUCAUUCGAGCCCGCUUCAAAGACAUGCACUGUAGCUAGCUAGUAAACCUUUAGCAUCAAAACAUUCCUCAAACGUCCUAGUUUUGCCCAAUUAAACAGGUAAGUUUGUUGAACCCAUUGAGUAUCGUACACAGCUACAUUUUUAUAGAGUUGUAGCUAGCUACUAAUUUCAGAGAUAAAUGUUAGAACUAACGUUACAGGUAUUUGUAGUAGCAGUAUGUGUGGCGAGACAGUUAGCUAGCAUGCUAGUAUGCUAAGGAUGGCAGAGGUUGGAUGUUGCAUACCUUGUAURGCGACACGUUACAUCAUCAACGAAACUUUACGUCAUCAAACUCUGUGUGUGAAGUGAGUGUCUGUGAAGUUUCACCAAGUUGUUCUUGUCCCCGACAGCCAUGUCUAUGUGCGAUGACAAUCUGCUCUGCAACUACCCAAAGUGUCGGGCGAAACUGUGUGGGUUCGCCUGGGUCACAGCUUGCUCUCACGCCUUCUGUGACCAACAUGGAUCCGGAGAGUUCAGCCGCUCCCCGGCAAUAUGCCCGGCCUGCUCCUCUGCACUCUCGGGGAAGCUGGACAUCGUGCGCACUGAGCUGUCGCCAUCUGAGGAGUACAAGGCCAUGGUGUUGGCGGGACUGAGGCCAGAGACAGUGCUGGACAUAAGCGCCCGUGCCCUGGCUUUCUGGACUUACCAGGUGCACCAGGAGCGUAUGUUCCAGGAGUACAGUCUGUCCCGGGCCGAGGGUCAGGUGAAACAGAUGGAGAAGGUGCUGACCCAGCAGAACCAGAGCAGAGAGCUGGAGCUCAAUGCCAUGAGAGGGGAGAUCACCUCACUGAAGAAGGUGAUGGAGGAGUACAAGAGGAAGUACAGUGAAGUGUCAGAGCGUCUGAUGGAGAGGAACAGACAGUACCAGAAGCUACAGGGGCUCUAUGACUCGCUGAGGCUUCGCAACAUGGUGGUGGGGGACAGAGAGGCACCACGCCAGCCAGGACCCCCGGAGUUCAACACAGGGGUGGUCAGGCAGCCCUCUCCCCGGGGGAGUCCUCACUUCCUGGGCAUGGGCCCUGAGGGGGACAGCCGCCUUUUCUCCUCCCUGGAGCCCGAUGCUGGAGCCAAGACCUUCUUCCAGUUCAGCUCUCCUGCCAGAGACAGGGGCCGGGCCUUACUCAAGAAAUACUGAGACUAGAAUUCAAAUUCUAGAACUCCAGGAUUAGAAUGAAUAGAAUAAUUGUAUUUCUGACUGAGGCAACACUGGUUGGGUACCUGGUUGCUGGAUCAAUGACAGCAUUAACAUAGUGUAGACCGUCAGGUUAUCUAAGGAUGGUUUGAUAUUCAUUUUGUAGUUGCCUUUUUCUUACCUGAAGUUACUGUAUCUUAACGAAAUGCUCUGAUACAACAUUUAUGUUGGCAUUGUACUUAUUUUGUCAAUWAAAUUCAGCAUGACCAUUGUAAGAAAGGUGUAUGUUAUUCUACUAAAAUMUUAUUUUUCACUGAAAGGUUUGACUACCUUCCAGUGAAAGAGGAUCAACUAUAUAAAUAAAGCAUGCAUGUGAAAUCAUGUC